AUGCCUGCUGCAAGCAGUACACGUGGUGAGUCACCACGUGGGACAGAUACAUCCGCUGCGUCUGCAGCGGGUACUGCGAAUCGCAAUGUAUUUGAGGCUGGAAUUGAGAUCAUCUAUUCUGGCAAGUCGGAUGAUGCAUACGACACGAAGGCGACACCUCACACGUCCGGAUCGUCCGGGGCGGACUCUGCAAGAUCCAUAUUAGCUGGGUCUGGGAAACGUGGCUGCAUCAUGACCGAGAUCUUCUUACUGACCGGUUCUUUCGAUGAAUCCUCGCCUCACGCAAGUCCAUCCGACGAUAGGACGCUUGGUGAUGGUGGUGAUGCCCCUAUGCAUCACCACGAGAAAAGCAACUCGAGUGUUCGAGCUGCCUCUGGUGAUAGUGCUCGCUCUGACACCACUAAAGAGGCCAGGGACCGCAAUAUCCUGAACCACGCCCGAUCAAGAAGAGUGCGUCAGACGUGCGAGCUCUGA